CAUUUAAUGGAAGAGUAUUUCUGGAAAACUUACAUAUUUUGGUUCACAUGACAAUGUAAACCAAACAUGGGAAUGGAAGAAAACGGUAUUUCAUGGCCCUAUUUCCCAGCAUUUCCAAACACAGGACAGGAAGCUUCAUUCCCACCAAGAUUCCUGAGUUGAGAAUGAGUGGAAAAGAAGGCCACGCAAUUGGAAUCGAUCUGGGGACAACGUAUUCAUGUGUAGCAGUGUGGCGAUAUGAUCAUAUUGAAAUCAUAGUGAAUGGUCAGGGCAACAGAACAACUCCGUCUUAUGUUGCUUUCACUGAUACUGAAAGGUUAAUCGGUGAUGCAGCAUAUAACCAGGUCAUUAGAAACCCCUCAAAUUCAAUCUUUGAUGCAAAGCGAUUAAUUGGAAGGAGAUUUGCUGACGCUUCUGUUCAAAAUGAUUUGAAGCUCUGGCCAUUCAAGGUCACUGAAGGUCCUGAUCACAAGCCCAUGGUUGUGGUUACCCACAAGGGUCAAGAUAAACAGUUUGCUGCUGAAGAAAUCUCAUCUAUGGUUCUCACAAAGAUGCGGGAGAUUGCUGAGGCCUACCUCGGCUCAAGUGUGAAGAAAGCAGUUAUUACUGUCCCUGCUUACUUUACCGACUCACAACGUCAGGCUACAAAAUGUGCUGGUGUCACUGCUGGCUUAGAGGUGAUGCGUAUCAUCAACGAACCAACUGCAGCGGCCAUUGCUUAUGGAAUUGACAAUAAGGCUGGUUGGUAUAGCAAGAGAAAUGUUAUGAUAUUUGACUUGGGUGGUGGUACUUUAGAUGUGUCACUGCUUACCAUAAGUUCUGGUGACUUUGAAGUAAAGGCGACGGCUGGAAAUACUCACCUUGGUGGUGAAGAUUUUGAUAACAAUAUGGUGAAUCACUGUGUUGAGAAGUUUAAGAAGAAGCAUGGUUUGGACGUCAGUGGAAACCCUAGAGCUCUUAGGAGGUUAAAAAAUGAAUGUGAGAAGGCGAAGAGGAGACUUUCGUUUACGUCUGCGACAGAUAUUGAAAUUGACUGUUUGUAUCAGGGUGUGGAUUUUUAUACAACUUUUACCCGUGCAAAAUUUGAACAAUUAAAUAUGGAUUUCUUCAACAAGUGCAUGGAGCCUGUGGAGAAAUGUUUGGAGGAUGCCAAAAUGGACACAAGCGAUGUCGAUGAUGUUGUUCUUGUUGGUGGCUCCUCUAGAAUUCCCAAGGUGCAGGAGCUAUUACACAACGUGUUCAUCGGCAAGGAGCUGUCCAACGGCAUUAAUCCGGAUGAGGCUGUGGCAUAUGGUGCUGCUGUUCAAGCUGCUGUCUUGAAUGGUAAUCAAAGUUUGAAGCUUCAAGACUUCACUCUCUUGGAUGUUAUUCCUAUGUCACUUGGGACAGAAUAUCGUGAAGGACAGCUCAAUGAGCUCAUGUAUGUAAUGAUCCCAAGAAACACCAAAAUUCCCACCAAGAAGAACCAUACUUUUGUAACUGGUCACGACAACCAAAGUUGUGUUUACUGUGGAGUUUACGAGGGUGAGAAUGAGCUAACCAAAGAUAAUAAUUAUUUGGGUGGAUUUUCCAUCGGUGGCAUUCCUCCAGCUCCUAAGGGUGUUGCUAAAGUAAAUGUUUGCUUUUCUAUUGAUGCAAAUGGAAUCCUGAAUGUUUCUGCUGAGGUCAUGUCCACCGGCCAGAAGAAGGAGAUUACAAUCAAAAGAUGAACUUUGGGAAUUUACAGGAUGAAGUAAGUAAUGACAUAUGAUUGUAGCAUACCGAAGUUGAAAAUACAUACUUCGGUUGUGAAAUCAAUUUGCUAGUGGUUUACUUGUAGUUUUUCGUCAUUUGGUUUAGUCAUUCCAUGUUUGUUAAGAAUCUGCUGGUGUGUUGUGGUCGAUGGUCACCCAUUUUGCUUCUUGUUGGUGCAUUGUUUUGA